AUCUCAUUCAUCUCAACAUUCUCGACAUUCCUUCAUUUCGUUCUCCAGUUUACUUUACCUUGUAUACACAUUAACUCUCGUAUUACUGCUACUUCAAUUGCUUUAAUUCUAUCACUACUCACAGUUUAAUAGUCCUUUGUUUCACGUCUGUUACACGGUCUGGAAUUCACCAUGGAAUUUCGCCCAGAUUUCACCAGCAGCACAACACACCAACAAGAGCAUAUUCACAUCCAGCCUCCAGAGCAUUGCAAAAAGGAGCUAUGCGAUCUGGAUUAUUCACAGGACCCGCCUCGGAUCCUCUCUAACUACCUGGUUCAUGCACCUAAACCAUUCAAUGCUGAGCCUCAUCUUCCUCUCCUUAUCAACUCUGGUCACAUCACUCCGACGGAUGUGUUCUUCAAGAGGAAUCAUGGUCCUAUCCCGGACAUUCGACUGCAAGACCAUCGAAUUUACAUUGGAGUCCAGAGACAGAACCAGAGCAAUCGAAAUGGACUAACAGCAGCGCCAAUGGAUAUUGUUGAAUGGAAAGUUUUGACCAUGGAUGAUAUCAUGAACAAGUGGCCUAAGGCCACUAUUACAGCUUCUCUGCAGUGCGCAGGAAAUCGUCGAGAGGGCCUUGCACAAGUCAAGGAGGUCAAAGGAGUCAUUUGGAAGGCUGGCACAAUAUCAAAUGCUGUUUGGGCUGGUCCUCGUCUGUGCGAUAUCCUUCGGAAUGUCGCUGGUGUACCAGAAGACCUUCAUCAUGAGAUGAUCCGAAACUACCACGUCUCCUUUGAAGCAGACGACCAUGUUAAGGAGGAUGUUUGCUACGGUAGCUCUAUCCCCCUACGUAAGGCCAUGGAUCCAUUAGGAGACGUCAUUCUCGCAUAUGAGAUGAACGGUAAGCCACUGACUCGCGACCAUGGAUUUCCACUCCGAGUCAUCGUUCCAGGCUACAUUGGCGCUCGCUCAGUCAAGUUUCUCCAAAAGAUUGUUGUGCAACCACAAGAAUCAAAUUCCUUCUUUCAGAAACUAGAUUAUAAGAUUCUUCCUCCAUGGGUGGACGCAUCAAACGUGGACAGCGCCUGGGACCUGGCGCCUUCAUUAGGAGAAAUGAAUGUCCAGUGUGUCAUUUGCACACCGAUGGACAAGGAAAUCAUCUGCUCAUCAAAAGCCAUCACUAUUAAAGGUUACGCCAUUGCGGGUGGUGGACGUGCCAUCUAUCGAGUAGAACUGUCUAUUGAUGGCGGUAAGACAUGGGAAGCAGUCGAUAAGCUCGAGCAGACUCCUGACAAGAUCAGUGGGAUGUAUUGGUCUUGGGCCUUAUGGGAGAAGAAAGUGCUCAAGCUCCAUACUACGUCGGAGCUCGUUGUUCGUGCGUACGAUUCAAGCGGUAAUAUGCAGCCAGAGUUCCCAGUUUGGAAUUACAGAGGAGUUAUGAACAACGCAUGGUUCCGUGUUUCCAAUGUAACUCAAAUGCCACAGUCCAAUAUGUAAAAAGGAAAGAGUGAGAAAAACAAAGUAGAG